GGCCGCGCUCCUGCGCCGGGGACUAGCCGCGGCGGCGGUAGUGGAGCGGUGACGGCGGCUGCGGGGGCUCGGGCGAAGGAAGGCGGCGGGGGAACGGCGGCGGCGGCGGCUGGCGCCUUGUCUGCUCCGCGCUGAGCCCCGCGCCCGGCUCUUUCCUCCUGCCGCCGCGGCACGCACUGCGGAUCUUGGAAGGGAGAGGUUUUGACGCUGCGGCCCCCCCGCUCUCUGUUUUAUUUUUAAUUAAUAUUAUUUCUCGCCCCGCGCCGGCGGCAAGGACAGCGGCGGUGCCCCCCGGGGGAGCCGGAGCCCUGCGGAUGCGCGUCCCCGGGACCGGGGGAGGUGACUCUCGGAGUGGAUUUAUUGACUCGCGGUUGCGCCCGAGCUCCCCGAAACAGCCCGGGCUGGUGCCUGUGCGGAUUGCAAACUGCGGGCAGCGCUGAGAGACACGCAGCAGGAGCCUCCUGCUGGGGCUGUGCCCCCUUCCGUAGCCCUUUUAUUUCUCCCACCACCGUUUGCUGUUUUUUUUUUCAUACUCCUUUUCACGCGAGCCUUAGACACUGUGAAUGUGUAUGGCGCACUGGAUCCAAAUGGGAGUUGGUAGUUUGAGUGGCAUCCUCCAAGGCAGCCGGCAGACCCCGAGUGAGAGGAAGGACUGAGGCGUUUGCUUUUUUUCUUUACUGCCGUCGUUACUUCGGAGGUAGCUGGGAUCUUACCUUGCAGGAGAAUCCAUGCCCUACGUGCGGGUGGCAUACAUGACUCAGUAGAUCUGUCGCGACUCUCGCCAAGUGCAUCGUCGACCCGCCGCCGCCUUGUGUGAUUUUUUAUUAUUAUUUAGUUGAUAUUUUAUUUUUGCCACCCUUCCCGGCCUUGGGGAUACCGGGCGCCCGCCCAGGUGCGGCGGAGUUGGCGAGGCGCCGGGCACGGGCUCGGUGCCUCCCGCGACCAUGGCAGCGCGGAGGCGCGACGGCUCCGCCUGGAAGUACUGCUGGGGAGUCGCGAUGGUUUUAUGCAGAACUGCGCUGGCCAGGUCCAUCGUUUUAGACCCCAUCUAUUGGAAUUCCUCCAACCCCAAAUUCCUUCCUGGACAAGGAUUGGUACUAUAUCCACAGAUAGGAGACAAACUGGAUAUUAUAUGCCCAAAGGUGGACUCUAAAACUGUUGGCCAGUAUGAAUAUUAUAAGGUCUACAUGGUUGAUAAAGACCAAGCAGAUAGCUGUGCUAUUAGAAAGGACAAUACACCUCUACUCAACUGUGCCAAGCCAGAUCAAGAUGUUAAGUUUACCAUCAAGUUUCAAGAGUUCAGCCCUAAUCUCUGGGGCCUGGAAUUUCAGAAGAACAAAGAUUAUUACGUCAUAUCAACAUCAAAUGGGUCUUUGGAGGGCCUGGAUAACCAGGAGGGAGGGGUGUGCCAGACAAAAACCAUGAAGAUCCUCAUGAAAGUUGGACAAGAUCCCAAUUCUGCAGGAUUACCUCGGAGCACAGACCCGACCAAGCGCCCUGAGCAGGAAGCUGGUACCAAUGGGAAGAGCUCCACCACCAGUCCCUUUGUGAAGGACCACUCAGGAUCUAGCACAGAUGGCAGUAAGGCUGGGCAUUCCAGUAUACUGGGUUCAGAGGUGGCCUUAUUUGCAGGGAUUGCAUCAGGGUGCAUCAUUUUCAUCGUCAUCAUCAUCACUUUGGUGGUUCUAUUAUUGAAGUACCGGAGAAGACACAGGAAGCAUUCCCCGCAACACACUACAACUCUCUCACUUAGUACAUUAGCCACCCCAAAACGCAGUGGCAACAACAAUGGUUCCGAGCCCAGUGACAUUAUCAUUCCUCUAAGGACUGCAGACAGUGUCUUUUGCCCCCACUAUGAAAAGGUCAGCGGCGACUAUGGACAUCCGGUGUACAUAGUUCAAGAGAUGCCUCCUCAGAGUCCAGCAAACAUUUACUACAAGGUCUGAGAAACAUACAACCAAUUCUGUGGUACAGUUGAGGCGUAGAGGACACUCACUGGUCUAAUGCUUUCUGUUGGGGUUUGUGAUGACGCCUUGUGCGCUAGGAUUGACUCAAGCACAGGGGAGAGAAGGCGACAGCUCUUUCUUCGAGAGCCGACUCGAGCUGGACAGCUUACCUAGUCUGUAGAAUUCCUCUCUCGGUGAAUCAGUAUUCACUAAAAGCUGGAAGACUUUUAUGUAGAAGAUGCCCAUUCUGAUUGCUGUACUCUUGUUACAUUCAUCAUCCUCAAAGCCAUGUGCUGCAGGCGUUCAGGCAUGUACAAAAGCCAAGGGAAGAUGGAGUGAUCCGUGGAUGUUAAUAGCUCUAGGCAUCCUGGGAAGGUGCUCUAGGAUAUCAAGCUUGAAAUGCAAUCUUCUGACUUUUGUGUGUCUCUCAGUGCAUACUGGAUUUGUCACACAGACCUUGGUGUCUAAGUAAGACUUGUUAAAGUUCUCUUGCUUUAGUCCGUCACUGUUCCAUUUAUUUCUGUUAUCCGGGGCUCUGCCAUCCUUCACAUAAGAUUUCCUUUCACUCCACCUCCUGAAUCACUAAUGGAACAUUAAUGUUUGGAGAUCUGUGCUCCAUCCAUCUGCUACAGCAGCCUCACUCGAAUGGGUAAUGCAUUUAUAGAAAUUGUGUUUGAUAGUAAGGAGCCUUCCAGCCAAAAAGUUAGGCUGUCAACAAGUCAAGAGCAGGACUGGGUGGUGGAGGGAAGGGCUGGCUGCAGUUGAAAUUGAAUACUGCUGCCUCAAAAAUAGAAGCUGGGAAGAAAAAAACAUUUAGGUAGCACAGCACUUUGGUAUGCUAAGUUUUAAGAGGCAAAUAGGAGACACAAUAACAAGCGCAGUGGCUUAGGGCUGCAUUUGAAGGAAUUCACGGUUAUCAAAUACCAGUGUGCAGAAAAAAUAGUACCUUCAAUACAGUAGAACAAAGGGGUAUUGUCAGGAAGUGAACAAGCUUGGAGCGGACAAGACAAUAGCAGGCCGCUGAGGAUAUAUUAGGGCAGGGCUGUUGCGGUACUGGCAAUAAAAUGUACAGCUUUGAAGCUGUAGCAAAAACGUAGUCUGCUUCGGAAGACUUUUAAGCAGACUCAGCUGCUAUACUGUCACAUUAUACUAAACACAGGGAAAGCAUUUAAGAAAAUAGCAAAGAGCCAAAUCUGACCAAGAUGAUUAUAACAGGUCAAAUGAGCUGUAAUUCUAUCACUGGUAAAGUUGGGAAAAGAAAAAAGGAAAAAAAAAAGAAAAAAAGCCUUUCUCAUCUCUAAAAGUAAAACAGAAUUUUUUUCUGACUGAGCCUUUUGACACUUUGGUUUAUCUUAGUGCUGUACCUGCACAGUACAUGUAAGUACUGUAAUGGGCACAGCAGUUCAUUGGUGCUCUGUUGCAAAGUUAAAGCACAUACGGCAAACCUCCUGCAGUCCAUAAGAAUAAAAUAAAUUAUGACACUGAGAUGGAGAAGGAAGAUAUGUCUUAUUUAUAAUAGGUGUAUAGAACACAAGGGGUAUAAAAUGAGAGCUUUUCUUUUUCUUUCUUACUUUUUUUGUUUUUGUUUUGUUGUUUUUUGUUUUGUUUUGUUUAUUACUAAUAUAUAUUUUGAGAUUGCACAGAAUCUACACCAGAAGAUGUGAAAUUCAUUUGCGGCAAUUAAAUAGUCUUAACUUGUCAUCGUUCUACAUAUAUAUGUGUAUGUGUGUAUAUACAUAUAUAUGUAUUUAUGUAUGCAUAUAUAUGUAUACAUUAAGAAAUGCAGAAACUGCUCCUGGGAAAAGCAACAACCAUCCAAAAAUAAUGGUAAUGAGAGCAUAUACAAACAGAAUCCAAAGCCUUUUAAAGGUAUCUAAUCAGAGAAAAUGAGGAAGUAAGCCCAAAGAAUCAGGAAAUCGAUGUUACUGCAUCACGUAUUUAACAAUGACAAGGUGUGCCGGCAUUUAUUUUCUGUGUUGUGUUUUCCUUUGCCUUAUGAGCUGAAGUGUUCUGUAGAUUUCAUGGAGAUUUGUAGAGAGGGGGUUCAGGUUAAAGUUUUCUCUUUAGCAUGGCUAUUCCCCUGAAGCUCCCACCCUGGAGAGGAAAUAAGAAAACUCUACUUUUAUAAGUGCUAUGCAAAUAGACAUUUCUAACAUAGUCAUGUUACUAUGGUAACACUUUCCUUUCUGAUUUGGAAGGAAAAUGUAGCAACAGCAUUUUGGGGUUCUCAGACCUCCAGUGAGUACCUGCAAGAAAAGGAAAAAAAAAAUCUGUCACAGAAAUUAUCACUCUCUCUGUUUCCUGAACCUGAAAAUGACGUUGGGAUGUUGGUCCAAAUGAGAGAAGCAAAACAAAAAAUCCCAACCCAUGGUUCUGUGGAAGGUUACCAUGGUGACUAACUACAGUACAUAUGUAAUUCUUUUCAACAACCCUUCCUUUCUGUGAAUCCAUCCAUACAAGGUUCUCUUGUAAGUCAUUAAGAUUUUAUUUUGGGGGAGGGGGAGGAAGGGAAAAGAUGGGUUUGCUGAUCCUGAUUUUUAUCAAAUCAAACCUAUGCUUCAUCAGUUGACUACAUUCUAGUUAUGUACUAAACUGUGAAAAAAAUCAGACGAAUUGCUCAAGAGCAACCUGCAACCAAUCGGAAAAAAAAAAUGAAAAAAAAUGUACUGUGCGUCUGUUUUGUGUCUGGUGCAGAAUUAUGACAAUCUACCAACUGUUCCUUUAUUUGACGUUGGUUCAGCUUUGAAAAGUUACUGUAAAUGCCUUGCUUGUAUGAUCAUCCCUAGUCACCUGACUUGAAAUUUGCACCAUCAUGUCUAAGUGAAGAUGCUGUAAAUAGGUUCAGAUUUACUGUAUAUGGAUUUGGGGUGUUACAGUAGCCUUAUUCACCUUUUUAAGUAAAAAAAGAAAAAAAAAAGAAAAAAACAUAUGAAAACAAGACAAAAAUGGCUUUUCUUAACCAGAUUGUGUAUAUAGAGCAAUGUUGGUUUUUUAUAAAGUCCGAGCAAGAUGUUUUGUAUAAAAUUUGAAUUUUGCAAUGUAUUUAGCUACAGCUUGUUUAAAGGCAGUGUCAUUCCCCUUUGCACUGUAUUGAGGAAAAAAUGGUAUAAAGGUUGCCAAAUUGCCGCAUAUUUGUGCUGAAAUUGUGUACCAUGAAUAUUUAUUUAAGAAUUUCUUUGUCCAGUUUGUAACACAGUAUUAUGCUUGAGUUAUAAAUAAUUUCUUUUUUUUUUGUUUUGUUUUGUUUGUUUGUUUGUUUUGUUCUGUUUUUAAACUAGCCGGUAGUAAGUUUGAAAUCUGCUUUAGUUCCACAUUGCAAUUAGCUCCCAGAAAAUGAAAAUUAUGAAAAUCACAUUCCACGUCU